CCCUCGGUGACCAGUUUAGUUCUGGUUGGCAUCUGCAUCGCAUGUUGUGCAGGGUCCACGGAUGACAUAAUAAUCAUCCUUUAGUCAGAGUUCGAGAUCACUAUUAAGUCCAUCAUUAAAUCGAUUGAUUUGAUGAAUGAGAAACAAAAAUUCUGCUGCGAUAUAUAUAUACAUUCGAAGCACUUGCUGCUAGAAAUCGCAUUGGUGUUGGUGUAGUUUUGACGUUUCUGGGAAGCAUACGGUUCAAUAACAGGCAAUUACGCACGUGCGAUACUCAAUUGUUACAUGUCAAAAUUAACUAAUGUGUUAUUUCUGAAUCAUGAAAAUUUCAAAGUUCAGAAUUGUGCAGUGUAAAAUGCAUUGAAGUUAAAAUCAAGAAUGACGGCUUGUUUAGCGAACUUAUAAAGUCUGUAUCUGGGAUACCUGAAUAAGUGAACGGUGAUUGCUGUCGUUCUCAUUGUAAAUACACGUGCGAUAUCCCUGAGCAAGAACUGCAACAACAUUCACAUUUGCAAUUUAUAUUUUUCCAGAAUAUUUAAUCGGAGAGAUUCGAUUUUUUUAUUCAUUACUCCUUCUAUCUUUCUUUCUCUUCCUUUCUAGAGAUAAAAGUCGCUAACAAAAUCGUUUAACGAUUUUACGCAUUGCCGUGCAUGAAAACAUAGAAAGCAAACUCGUUUUCUAUAUUCAAACAUGCGUUUUAUUGCAGUACACAUUUGACACUGGUAAAUGAUAUUUAUGAAAAAUCUAUUCACACAAUUUCAUUCCGAGUGAGAGGCAGAGAGAAGGACAAUCGUUGACACGAACAUCUGUCUCGACUUGCAGUCGAGCAGUACUUUAGGGGAGCACUUUUUGAAAGUAAUACUGACCGUGUUAAAGAAAAAUUUUUCAGGAGAGUUUAACGGAAUUCAGAAAACACUUGUUACAUUUCCAAAGACAAUUAAAACGCUUAGUGAUUUUUAUUUAUUUGAAUUUACCUCUGCAUUACAUUGACAAUUAAUUAAAACUUCACAAACGACGUUAAGAGCAGAGGUCACGAAGAACAGAUAUGAGAACGAGUCGUCGUCAGUACGUGAUCUAAGAAUAUCACAGUGUGGAACGUUGAACUGGGGGUUUCCUUUCUUCUUUCCACGUGUCGAGAGAGAAAUAAAUUAGAAACUUUCUCUGACGAAGCUCGGCUUGACAGUACUCCGUAAACGAUGUCGGGAGAUACUACAUCCGAUGAUGAGGGAUCUCAAGAGGAUCCACCGCGAUACGACAUUGACGAUUUGGAAAUGAUCAAAACUAUCGGGACAGGCACAUUUGGCAGAGUAGUUCUUUGCAGUCACAAUGGAACACCUCUCGCUCUGAAAAUCCUCUCCAUGGUCGACGUGAUCAGGUUGAAACAAGUUGAACAUGUGCGCAAUGAAAUUACAAUUCUGAAAGAAGUUAAACAUCCUUUUAUUGUCAACAUGCUAUGGAGUGGCAGAGAUGAAGCCAGGGUAUACAUGCUACUGGAAUUUGUUGCCGGCGGAGAACUUUUUUCUUACCUAAGAGCAGCCGGAAGGUUCGCCGGACCUACAAGCUGUUUCUAUGCAGCCGAAUUAGUUUGUGCUUUAGAAUAUCUACACAGUAAACACAUAGUUUACAGGGAUCUCAAGCCUGAGAAUCUUCUUCUUGAUAGUCAAGGCCACCUGAAAAUCACUGAUUUUGGCUUUUCGAAAAAACUUACAGAUAGGACAUGGACUUUGUGUGGUACUCCAGAAUAUUUGGCGCCGGAAAUAAUUCAAAGCAAGGGACACAACAAAGCCGUAGACUGGUGGGCAUUAGGCGUUUUAAUAUAUGAAAUGUUGGCGGGGUAUCCACCAUUCUUUGACGAUAAUCCUUUUGGAAUCUAUGAAAAGAUCCUGAGCGGUAGGAUAGAAUGGCCAAAACACAUGGAUCCUAUCGCGAAAGAUCUCAUCAAGAAAUUAUUAGUCGCUGACAGAACGAAAAGAUUAGGAAAUAUGAGGCAGGGCGCUGAAGACGUCAAAAGGCAUCGAUGGUUUAAAUUAGUCGAGUGGCCUCUGGUACCGCAAAGAGCCUUGACACCUCCGAUAAGGCCACGUGUGAAAACGCCAGGUGAUGCAAGCUGUUUCGAUGAUUAUCCUGAAACCGACUGGCGUUCCCAACCACCUUUACCACCGGAUCAAUUGGCUCUUUUUCAAGAUUUUUGACAAUAAUAAGAUAAUAUCAUUAAAUCACAAUAUUUUGCACACAAAUUCAUCAAGGCACUAUGUGCAUUAGAUAGAAGAAUUCACUCUGCGAUAUAGAACAAACGUGAUCAAAUAAUUUGAUGUUACUUGAUAUAUGUUUGAUAAUGAAUUUUCUAUUCUGUAUAUAUAACUUUUUAUAUUUGGUUGCUGCUUAUUUAUUUGUAUGUGUGUGUGUUCUCUAGAUUAGUUAUUCCGUUUCAUUGUUUUCGUGAAAUUCUGUAAAUAAAGAUGGAAAAUUUUUUGAUGAA